GGUGCGAGAGGUCCCGGGUUCAAAUCCCGGACGAGCCCAAUUUUUGUACCGGAGGACUGUUGACAUAUUUACUUCAAACUUCUGCAGUGAAUUUUUGUAGAGUCGACUGUGGAGUCUACAGCGUCCCCGCCGCUCUGCUUCCCCAGCUGUUAUGCUGGGUGGGUAUGGGGCCGUGAGAAAGAGAAAGAGCUGGAGACGUUUCUGUUCCGCCCCCACAAACCCAACAGACACUCCUAACAGGAGGCAGACGAGCCGGCUUUCUGACACCAUUCACUGCAGAGAGGCUGAGCUGUGCAGCCAAAGACGGACAAUAAAUUACACGCAAAGGCCAGCUGGAGUCACUUUGUUGAGCUUGGGACCUGCUGGAGCCAUCAUCUUCACCAUUGUUUCUAAACACUGGACUCGCAGAAAGCCUAUUCACACCCAUUAAAAAUUUAGAUUUUGUAGAAAAAUCCUUAAGUCCACAAGUUGUCGGGGUUGACCAUGGUUCUUUGUGAGGAUGGCGACUGUAGCGUCUGCCUGUUGCCCUACUCCCGGGAGGAGAGGAUCCCCCGGGUGCUCCACUGCAGGCACACCUUCUGCGAUUCGUGUCUGGAGAGGAUGUCAACGGAGAGGAACGGUCUGCUCACCGUGGGCUGCCCUUUGUGUCGCCGGGUGACCUGCAUAGGCCGAGGUCGAGGUCUUCGAGAAGCUCUGUGGGUUAACAGCAAGCUGUGGGACCAGAUACCGGAGGAUGUGGACAUAAGAGAAGAAGAGGAAGAGGAGGAGGGAGAGAAGCAAACAGCUGCACAGGAGAGGAUAGAAGCUAAACAGUUACAAGGAGAAUGCAUUUCCUCGAGAUCCGCCAGAGCGAAGCUCAAACUGCCCACGUUCUUCAGGAGGUUCAGUCUGACGAAGCAACACCAGGAGAGAAUCGUGCCUGGCAGCAAUGUGGAAAUGAAAUCCUGGCGCAGACUUUCAACAGAAGAGACUUUUUAAAAGCAACUGACAAGUGGCCGCUCUCAGGACGAGAAGACUCAACUUUGAAGGGAAGCUGUGGUCGCUGGGGGAGGAGGAUUCAUUUGUGAUCCUGUCAGGACACGGUUUUGUCCUCAGCCAAAGGUGCUCCGUCUCCCCAUUAUUUAUUCUAGGAUUAAUUCUCCCAGCUGUUGCUGUGGGAUUUAGUUCAGCUGUCCCAGAGGGGCUAACACCCGUAGACCUAGACCCCCUCAGAACAGAUGGUCCCCUCUCCAUUUCAGCUCCUGAAUAGCCAUCAUAACUUAUUGUUUUCUGUAUUUAUGAUAGCUAGGACAUAAAGUAUUUAAUAAAACUAUUUUUGAAACAGG